AUUUAAUGUUUCUUCAACCAUUAAGAAGACAGAUUUCUGUGUUUCUUUGGCAUCCUAAUUAAAACGCUGAUAACAGCAGAUCAGAGAGUUGAAGGUUUAGUUGUUGAAUGCCUAGACUGAAAUGCAGUCAUCUCUCGCGUGGAUUCCUUUGUUCUCCUUGCUCCUUUGCGACCAGGCUGCACCCCAGCUUCUGGAUCCAUCAUGCUCGAGGACCAGAGCUGAAGACAGAAUAAUGUAUGGCGACGAUGCAUCCAAAAGCGAUGCUAUCUAUAUGGCAGCCAUUUACAAUAGAACACACUUUCAGUGUGGUGGCACCCUGAUAAAUCGACGCUAUGUCUUAACUGCUGCUCAUUGCUUGGAAUCCCGCUACGUACUAUUCGUGCAUUUGGGAGCACACAACAGAGCAGAGCCGACUGCUUGGUACGAUGUGAGUUUCGGCGUACAGCACAUUUCAUACAACCCAAUAAAUAAACAGAAUGAUAUCGGUUUGAUUAAACUGAAGAGACGUGUCGAGUACAAUGGACGCAUUCGACCAAUAUGCAUUUAUUUGGACAAGGCUAUUAAGAGUCAAGUAGCAAUGGUGAAAACGUUCGAUGCCUUCGGCUGGGGCCUAAAUGAGCAUGGCCAACAAAGCGAUAUUCUUCAAACUAUCACUCUUAACCAACUAAAUCGAGAAGAGUGCAGGUGGUUAGGUGAAACUCUCAGUUCGACUCAGAUCUGCGCAGGUGUCCCGGGUGCAGACACCUGCAGGGGCGAUUCUGGAGGUCCGUUGAGCAAGAAAAUCGAAAUAAAUAAACAGACAUUCGUAGCUCAGUUCGGGAUCAUAAGCUAUGGCAGCUUAACUUGCGAUUCGAUGGCAGUGUAUACGGAUGUGACUAGCUUUGUGGAUUGGAUUCAGGAAACAAUAAGUAGAUUUGAUGACCCACCGGAAAUCCCCCCCAAUUUCCAGAGGGUUCCCACUGCACCACCAUCGGUGGUGGAGAAGCUUUGGCUGUAUGACGACUGCGGUGGGGAUGGGGAAAACAUGUCUUCGAUUGUACAGUUAACAAUUUAUGGACCUGGUUUUAAGGCGCAGGGCGUGCUAAUUACAGACCAAUUUGUCAUCACUGUUGCCAGAGAUUUGCCAGAAAAUGCCGCCUCUUUGUAA